AUGGACAUACGGGUUGCGUGGCAGGCCUGCCCCUGGCCGAAUAGCACACAGUUGCAGGCAGGCCCUUCUGGCCUCCUGCUGCAGGUCGUGUUUGAUCUGGACUACACGCUCUGGCCCUUCUGGUGCGAGAUGUUCACGGCGGCGCAGACCCCCUGGCUGUACCCGCACGUGCCAGCCAUCUUGGAGGGGCUGCAGGCCAGGCGCAUACCCCUGGCCGUCGCCUCCCGCACCCCCACACCCCACGUGGCCAAUGCUUUCAUCAACAAGCUUGACAUCCGGCACCGCUUCUGCAGGCAAGCCCAGCCUAGCCGGACUUGCCUGCUGCGGGCCAGCAGCCAGCCAGGGUCCUGCUCCUGCUCCUGCCCGCACCUGCCCAACAUCCAGUGUGACACGGGGCUGCCCUUCACAGACAUGCUCUUCUUUGAUGACGAGCAUGGCAACAUCAAGCGGGUAGGGCGCCUUGGGGUGGUCAGCAUUCUGGUGGACACAUCCACCGGGGUUUGCUUGCAGUCGCUGGAGCGCGGGCUGCAGGCGUUUGCAGACGCCAAGCAGGCAGCCUUGCCGUGA